CACACAGCCGCCUCUCCUGCGGCCCUCGCCGCAGCGCCUCUGACCUUUAACCUGCGGGGAAAGCUUCCGCGGCGCCGCUGUUUUCCCCGCCCCGGGGAGCCGCGCCGGGGCCUAAAAGGCGCAUGGCGAAAGCGGGCACCGGUGGGACCAGUGGGAGGCCGACCCUCGGCUGGGGACCGCAAGCCCCAGCCUGCAUCCCGUGCCUAACUCUCUUGCCUGCAAGGGACGGACAGAAUGACGCCCUCCACUUUCACUUUUCCACGACGAAUCGGACCAGGGUCGUCGCUGCCUGCAGACCUGGAUCUUACAAGAAGUGAAACGGCCCAGUGUCCUCACUGCACUGAGCACGUCCAAGCUUCCGGUAGCUCUUUUGUUAAGAAAUUCUUCCUCCAGCUCGUGCAGAUACCAUUUUUGUGCAGUGUGAACGUUGCCAAGUUGUCCCAUAAUCUUCAGACAUUUUGGCAGUUGAUCAUGGCAACCAUAGAAGAAAUUGCACAUCAAAUUAUUGAACAACAGAUGGGAGAGAUUGUUACAGAGCAGCAAACUGGGCAGAAAAUACAGAUUGUGACAGCACUUGAUCAUAAUACCCAAGGCAAGCAGUUUAUUCUGACAAAUCAUGACGGCUCUUCUCCAAACAAAGUCAUUCUGGCCAGGCAAGAUGCCACUCCAGGAAAAGUUUUUCUCACAACUCCAGAUCCAGCAGGUGUCAACCAGUUAUUUUUUACCACUCCUGAUCUGUCUGCACAACACCUGCAGCUCCUAACAGAUAAUUCUUCUCCAGACCAGGGACCAAAUAAGAUUUUUGAUCUUUGCGUAGUAUGUGGAGACAAAGCAUCAGGACGUCAUUAUGGAGCAGUAACUUGUGAAGGCUGCAAAGGAUUUUUUAAAAGAAGCAUCCGAAAAAAUUUAGUAUAUUCAUGUCGAGGAUCAAAGGAUUGUAUUAUUAAUAAACAUCACCGAAACCGCUGCCAGUACUGCAGGUUACAGAGAUGUAUUGCGUUUGGAAUGAAACAAGACUCUGUCCAAUGUGAAAGAAAACCCAUUGAAGUAUCACGAGAAAAAUCUUCCAACUGUGCUGCUUCAACAGAAAAAAUCUAUAUCCGAAAAGACCUUCGUAGCCCAUUAACUGCAACUCCAACUUUUGUAACAGAUAGUGAAACUACAAGGUCAACAGGACUGUUAGAUUCAGGAAUGUUUGUGAAUAUUCAUCCAUCUGGAGUAAAAACUGAGUCAACUGUGCUGAUGACAUCAGAUAAGGCUGAAUCAUGUCAGGGAGAUUUAAGCACAUUGGCCAGUGUGGUUACAUCAUUAGCAAAUCUUGGAAAAACUAAAGAUCUUUCUCAAAAUAAUAAUGAAAUGUCUAUGAUUGAAAACGUAAGCAAUGAUGAUACCUCUUUGUGUGAAUUUCAAGAAAUGCAGACCAACGGUGAUGUUUCAAGGGCAUUUGACACUCUUGCAAAAGCAUUGAAUCCUGGAGAGAGCACAGCCUGCCAGAGCUCAGUAGUGUGCAUGGAAGGAAGUGUACGCCUCAUUCCUGGAGAAUCAAGCAUAAAUUAUACCGAAAAAGAGGGGCCACUUCUCAGCGAUUCACAUGUAGCUUUCAGGCUCACCAUGCCUUCUCCUAUGCCUGAGUACCUGAAUGUGCACUACAUUGGGGAGUCUGCCUCCAGAUUGCUGUUCUUAUCAAUGCACUGGGCACUUUCGAUUCCUUCUUUCCAGGCUCUAGGGCAAGAAAACAGCAUAUUACUGGUGAAAGCUUACUGGAAUGAACUUUUUACCCUUGGUCUUGCCCAGUGCUGGCAAGUGAUGAAUGUAGCAACUAUAUUAGCAACAUUUGUCAAUUGUCUUCACAAUAGUCUUCAACAAGAUAAAAUGUCAAUAGAAAGAAGAAAAUUGUUGAUGGACCACAUCUUCCGACUACAGGAGUUUUGUAACAGCAUGGUUAAACUCUGCAUUGAUGGAUAUGAAUAUGCCUACCUGAAGGCAAUAGUACUCUUCAGUCCAGAUCAUCCAGGCCUAGAAAACAUGGAACAGAUAGAGAAAUUUCAGGAAAAAGCUUAUGUGGAAUUCCAAGAUUAUAUAACAAAAACAUAUCCAGAUGACACCUACAGGUUAUCCAGACUACUACUCAGAUUGCCAGCUUUAAGACUGAUGAACGCUACCAUCACUGAAGAAUUGUUUUUCAAAGGUCUCAUUGGCAACAUACGAAUUGACAGUGUUAUUCCACAUAUUUUGAAAAUGGAGCCUGCAGAUUAUAACUCUCAAAUAGUUGGUCACAGCAUUUGAAAGCUACAACUCCAAAGCUAUAAACUUAACUGUUCUUUGCCAGAACACAAGACACCAAAUUGAACUCAUUGCUUUUGGAGCAUCUGGAAAUUUUUACUUUAAAAAUUGACCAAAACCCAAGGUAUUUUUAUUUUAGCCUCCUUAAGAAUUUUUGACGUGACUGGGCAGGCAGCAGAAAUUAAAUGGAUUUUUCUUCCUGAUUCCUUUAAAUGAAUAAGAAACACUACAAAUUGAUUCUUGGUGAAGAUGAUAUCUGAAGCUGUUACCUCUUGAUUAUCUAAACUAAGCUCUCAUUCUAUUUUAUAAAACAAAUAAAUUAGUCUGUCUUUUCUGAA